AUGGCUGUGGCCUCCGCUGCCCCAGGGAGCAUCUUCUGUAAGCAGCUCCUUUUCUCUCUCCUGGUUCUAAUAUUAUUUUGCAAUGCUUGUCAGAAAAUUACUUUUCAAGUUCCUUCUCAUCUUCAGGCUGACACACUUGUAGGAAAAGUGAAUCUGGAAGAGUGUCUCCAGUCAGCCAGCCUAAUCCUGUCAAGUGACCCUGCUUUCAGAAUUUUAGAAGAUGGCUCAAUUUAUACAACACAAGACCUCAUUUUGUCUUCUGGAAGGAAGAGCUUUUCCAUUUUCCUCUCAGAAAGUCAGAGCAAGGAACAAAAGGAGAUAGAAAUUACACUGUCAACAAGGAAAAACAAGGUUAUUAAGAAGAGACAUACUAAAGACACAGUCCUCAAGCGCAGCAAGAGACGAUGGGCCCCUAUCCCAUGCUCGCUGAUGGAGAACUCACUAGGUCCAUUCCCACAACAUGUUCAGCAGAUCCAAUCUGAUGCUGCCCAGAAUUACACCAUCUUGUACUCCAUAAGUGGGCCAGGAGUGGACAAAGAACCUUUUAAUUUGUUCUUCAUAGAGAAAGACACUGGAGAUAUCUAUUGUACACGAAGCAUUGACCGUGAGCAAUAUCAAGAAUUUCCGAUAUAUGGCUAUGCAACGACCCCAGAUGGCUAUGCACCAGAGUAUCCACUCCCCUUGGUAUUCAAAGUUGAAGAUGAUAAUGAUAAUGCUCCAUAUUUUGAAAACAAAGUGACUAUCUUUAGUGUGCCGGAAAAUUGCCGAACUGGAACUUCAGUGGGCCAAGUGACUGCUAUAGACCUUGAUGAACCUGAAACUCUACAUACUCGUCUGAGAUAUAAAAUCUUACAGCAAAUCCCAGAUCAUCCAAAGCAUUUUUCCGUACAUCCUGAUACAGGUGUCAUCACCACGACAACGCCAAUACUAGAUAGAGAAAAAUGUGACACUUACCAGUUAAUAAUGGAAGUACGAGACAUGGGGGGCCAGCCUUUUGGUUUAUUUAAUACAGGGACAAUUACUAUUUCACUCGAGGAUGAAAAUGACAAUUCACCGUAUUUUACAGAAACUUCUUAUGUUACAGAAGUAGAAGAAAACAGAAUUGAUGUUGAGAUUUUACGAAUGAAGGUCUUUGACCUGGAUUUGCCAAACACUCCUCACUCAAAGGCUGUAUACACAAUCCUACAGGGAAAUGAAAAUGGAAACUUCAAAAUUAGCACGGAUCCAAAUACAAAUGAAGCUGUCUUGUGUGUUGUUAAGGCACUGAACUAUGAAGUCAAUCGGCAAGUUAUUUUGCAAAUUGGCGUACUUAAUGAAGCACAGUUCUCUAAAGCAGCAAACUCACAAAUGCCCACGAUGUGUACCACAACUGUCACUGUUAAGAUUAAAGAUAACGAUGAGGGCCCAGAAUGUCAGCCACCAGUAAAGGUUGUUCAGAGCAGAGAUGGCCUCCCAGCUGGACAGGAGCUCCUUGGAUACAAAGCACAUGACCCAGAAACACGUGAUGGUGCAGGCUUAAGGUAUCGGAAGUUAGGAGAUGAAGAUGACUGGUUUGAAAUUAAUGAACAAACUGGCAACUUGAAAACUGUAAAAGCACUUGAUAGAGAAUCAAAAUUUGUCAAAAACAACCAAUACAAUAUUUCAGUAGUUGCAACAGAUGCGGAUGGUAGAUCUUGCACUGGAACAUUAGUAGUUCUUUUGGAAGAUGAUAACGAUCACCCACCACAAAUUGAUCAUGAAGUGACCAUCUGUCAACAUGAUAAGGAUUUUGCUGUUCUGGAACCUAUAGAUCUAGAUGGGCCUAACAACGGUCCACCUUUUGAAUUUUUUCUGGAUAAUUCUGCCAGCAAACUUUGGACAUUAGAAAAAAAUGAUGGUAAAACUGCUAUUCUCCGUGGACGGCAACAUCUUGAUACUAAUUAUUAUACUGUGCCAAUCGAAAUCAAAGACAGACAUGGUCUUGGUGCCAAACAUUUCUUAUCAGUGAGAGUAUGUGAUUGUACAACUCCAUCUGACUGUAGAAUGAAUAUUGUAAACGAACGAGAUGUUAAAUUAUCAAAUGUAAUACUUGGAAAAUGGGCUAUUCUUGCCAUGGUGUUGGGUUCUGCAUUGUUACUGUGUAUUCUGUUUACAUGUUUCUGUGUUACCGCUAAAAGAACAGUAAAGAAAUGUUUUCCGGAAGAUGUAGCCCAGCAAAAUUUAAUCAUAUCAAAUACUGAAGGGCCUGGAGAAGAAGUGAUGGAAGCCAAUAUUAGACUGCCUACACAGACAUCCAACAUCUGUGACACAAGCAUGUCUGUUGGUACUCUUGGUGGCCAAGGAAUUAAAACACAGCAAAGUUUUGAGAUGGUCAAAGGAGGCUAUACUCUGGACUCCGGCAAGGGAGGAUACCAGACUUUGGAAUCCAGCAAGGGCAUAGGGCAGGGAGUAACGGAUACUGGCAGAUACACAUACACCGACUGGCAGAGUUUUACCCAACCUCGGCUUGGUGAAAAGGUGUAUCUGUGUGGGCAAGAUGAAGAGCAUAAACAUUCUGAAGACUACGUUCGUUCAUAUAACUAUGAAGGCAAAGGGUCUGUGGCCGGCUCAGUGGGCUGCUGCAGUGAUCGGCAGGAAGAAGAGGGCCUGGAGUUCCUAGAUCAUCUGGAACCCAAAUUUAGGACACUAGCAAAGACAUGUGUGAAGAAAUGAACUUGCUGUUUAAAAGAAUAACACCUAUGAUUGCAUAUGUAGGAGUUUAUUGAAUGUAAAAUGAUAGACUCUACUAAUGGUUUUGUU